AACUGAGCCGGGAGCUGUCCAAGUGCUGAAGUGAGGAAAAAAGGCGUUCCUUUUCCAUUUCUAAACAGAGAACGGUGGUCCACCUGCGCAAGAUCUCACUUCACGAGCAACAACACGAGCCAACAUGGUUCACUGUCUCCACAGAGCGAGCUUCCACAUCUGAUCCAACACUGCCCAACGGACGCGCUUUUUUUUUUUGUUGGAGUUUCACCUCCCCGACGUGUGACCACCGCAGGACCGAUGUUUCCUCACACCUCCUCUGCCACAUCGUUGUUUUGGGGUGUCAGAGUUUCAAGAAACUAAACUAUGAUCUGUGGCUGCGUGGAGGAAUGUCUCGUAUGUUUCCCUGCAAGAACAGCCAAACGCCCACGACUCGGUCAUGAAGAGAGCGGCGUCCCUAUGUGGAUUAUGUGUUUGACCAAUGUAAACAUACGGAGGAAAUAGAAAAGUGAGCACAUGGGAAAACCACCGGGAAUGAAGCGCUCCCUCAUUAAGGUUUUGGUAGCUUUAUUUACAUGUUUCAUGGAGACAAACAACUUUAGACGUGUGGAUGCCAAGGAGCACGAUUCCAGAUCCUCCUCCAUGUCUCCAUCAGACUUUCUGGACUCACUCAUGGGUCGCACGUCAGGAUAUGAUGCACGAAUAAGACCGAAUUUUAAAGGUCCCCCUGUAAACGUUACAUGCAAUAUAUUUAUCAACAGUUUCGGCUCUGUCACAGAGACAACUAUGGUGAGUUCCUUUGGCAUUCUGUGUGAUUUCUGUCCUGUACUAUGUGUCAAUGUGUUAUUUAUCCCUCAACCUGCAGGUCCACCAGUUAAUGUUACCUGCAACAUAUUUAUCAACAGCUUUGGUUCUAUAGCAGAAACCACGAUGGAUUACAGAGUGAACAUCUUCCUGCGGCAGAAGUGGAAUGACCCUCGGCUGGCGUACAGUAAAUACCCAGAUUUCUCCCUUGACCUGGAUCCGUCCAUGUUGGACUCCAUAUGGAAGCCUGACCUUUUCUUUGCCAACGAGAAAGGAGCCAACUUCCAUGAUGUCACCACUGACAACAAGCUGCUGCGGAUCUUCAAGAAUGGGACUGUCCUCUACAGUAUCAGGUUGACUCUGAUUCUGUCCUGCCCAAUGGAUCUGAAGAACUUCCCGAUGGAUGUCCAAACUUGCACGAUGCAACUGGAAAGUUUCGGAUACACCAUGAAUGACUUGAUCUUUGAGUGGCUGGAGGACGGUGCAGUGCAGGUGUCAGAGGGACUCACGCUGCCUCAGUUUAUUAUGAGGGAGGAGAAAGAGCUGGGCUACUGUACCAAACACUACAACACAGGUAAAUUCACCUGUAUUGAGGUUAAUUUCCACCUGGAGCGUCAGAUGGGCUACUACCUGAUCCAAAUGUACAUACCCUCCCUCCUGAUUGUCAUCCUCUCAUGGGUGUCAUUUUGGAUCAACAUGGAUGCUGCUCCUGCCAGAGUGGCACUUGGCAUCACCACUGUGCUUACCAUGACCACCCAAAGCUCCGGCUCCAGAGCUUCUCUUCCAAAGGUUUCUUACGUGAAAGCCAUUGAUAUCUGGAUGGCUGUGUGUCUGCUCUUUGUAUUUGCGGCAUUGCUUGAAUAUGCCGGGGUUAAUUUUGUCUCCCGGCAACAGAAAGAGUUCCUUCGCCUGAGGCGAAGGCAAAGGAGGAGUCAUAAGGAUGAAGAUAUGCGCGAAGGCCGCUUUAAGUUUGCCGGCUACAAUAUAAGUCAGUGUCUGCCAACAAAGGACGGCUCGGCUGUUAAGAACGCUGCUCCGGCGCCAAACCCUCAACCAUCUGUCCCAAAAGACACAGACACCAUGAAGAAGAAGUUUGUGGACAGAGCCAAGAGGAUAGACACGAUCUCUCGAGCUGCCUUCCCGCUGGCCUUCCUCAUCUUCAACGUCUUCUACUGGGUUACCUACAAGAUCAUCAGGCACGAGGACAUCCCCCAAAAGUAGAGACUUAAACGCCUGGAUAAUGACAAUGACUUGGGACUUCUCAGACUGAGAAAUGUUCUGAAAGCACAGUGAGGGGAAGAAAAAAGACUGUGCGUUGAGAGGCGCCGUGGUGACGACGGUGAUGUGUUCUUUCAGGGAUAAUGUACAAUGUUCUCGCACCACGCGGUAAUGCUCAUGUUCUGAUCACAUGAGGAGCUUUUGAGACACUGAUGCUGUUUUGUUGUUGUAAGAUGCUGCAUAAUGUUUCCUAAAGAAUCUGAGGAAAUGGUUUUCACUCAAGGCUUAAACGUAACAUGCUGGGGAAGACGGACCAAAAUCUUUUUUGAAUCAGUUCUGCUUUGGCGUCGGAACGAACAAGUAAACAUUCCAAGGUUGAAAUCAAUUUGUAAUUGUAUAGCUUACUCGGACCCGUUGAUGACUUUUUGGGAUUUGCAAAAAAAAAAAAAAAAAAAAAAAAAGGGGUCCUUCUUAUCUUGUUUUAUAGUGUACUAUUGUCAGAGCACCUCUUCUCUACAGCAGCAUCUUUCAAACAUUAUAGGCAGCAGCGUACAUCUCAGGCAUGAGUGCGGACAAGGCAGAUGAAAAGUUGGGAUCGGAUACUGCAUUUUUAUGAAAUACCCGAGGCCUUAGAUAUCAAAUGUUAAGACGAACAAACAUGGUAAGACGAACUUCUAUGUCUCUCUAUUUUUCCAAGCAUCUUCUCUCUGGUAGCUUUUCUACCUAUGGCCAAACAUUCCGAGUUGUUUCCUGUUUCCUUUUUUUUCUCUCUCUCUAAAUGUAUUAUGAAUCAUAUCUACAUAAAAAUGAUGUCACCUAAAACCAAUGUAAGGUAAUUCCAGAUGUUUUUAAAGUCGCUCAUUUCCCAUUUCGUUCUAAUGUGAUUUAUAAAAUACACUGUCAUGUAUUUCAAAGGUUAAAGGUGUAAUGGCAAAUGUCUUUGAAGAAGUUAUGUAAGCCUCCAAACUGUGAACACACACUGCAUUACUCAGCGUUGUCAAAUGUCCACAUCCAUAUGAAUCCAUUUAUAUUCCAGGUAAAUACUCCAGGUAUCUUAGUUUUUAGAUUUUGAGACUACGUCUUUGUAUAGAUUUAGUCUGAUGAAAUAUUUACUGUAAUGAAGGAAAUAUUAUGUUUACAUAUAGAUAUAUAUAUAUAGAUAUACAUAUAUAAAAUCUCUCUGUAUAAUUCUUUAUCCUCUGCUGUAGACAGUUUCCCUGCACUUGGUGUGUUUGUUGCUGGAAUGUGACGUAUGUUUGUAAAGGAUUGAACAGGAAAGGAGAGAUCUGCAUAACAUUCACAGUUUGGAGUAUAAACUGAUCGUUGAACUCCUGAUAUGCUGUGGUGAAGAACUCCUGUCUUAAAUGCUGUUCUUGGAGGAAAUAAAUAAGUUUAUUCACUGCCCUGUA